AUGGGUGGUGGUGGUGAUGGUGGUAGCGGUGGUAGAGUUCAAGUGAUUGAUAGUAGAGGGUGUUCAAGGUUGUUUGUGGGGAUAUCAGCUUCAGUGUCUUCUUUUAGAGGGUUGCAAUCUUUUGAGCCAAUGUCUCCUACUGCUUCCUCUGUUGGGUCUGGGCCUGUCGCGGUUAGAUCACAUGGUCCCUUUACUGGUCUUGUUAUUUGUGUUACUGGUCUAUCUAAAGCUAAACAAGUAGGUGUUCAGGUUUGGAAUUCUUCUUACGCAGAAGCAAGGAAACAAGUCAUGGAAGCAGCAGAGAGAUUAGGUGAUGCCAUGAUUCUGUGGAACCUUAACAUUGGUUACAGCUUUUGUGGACGUAAAUUCGAGCAUGCUUUGAAGCAUGGACCAAAAAAUGGUCUCGUUGUUGUAACGCUUGGAUGGUUUGUGGACAGUGUCAGGAGGAAUGUGAGGUUGAGUGAAUCACUCUAUAGUGUCAAGGGUGUUGGAGAUAACGGUGCACGCUUAGAUGAAUUGAAUCGGCUUGUUGGUUUUACUGGUGCUGAAAAUUUUUGCCUUCCUGUUGGUAUUAAUGAUGCUAAGCAAUUCAACAAGAGUGAAGGACUCCAUCAACUAUCUUCUGGAAGAAGUCCUAUCAAAAGUAUUGGCUCGAACCUGUCUGGCAAUUCCAUAUAUGUUGAUUCAGGCAUUUCAGAUGAACUGCAAAGUAAGGUUUAUGAGGCAGCUACAAGAGAAGGUGCCAAGGUCUUAGAUCAAUGGUUUGUUGGUUGCAGUGCAACUCAUGUAGUGUGUGAAGGGGCUUCUAUCCAAAAAUACCUCGGCCAUUCUAGUAACCUUGUUACUCCACUGUGGGUUCUAAAAACCAUGAAGGAGAAGCAUGUGCAGAGGCUUGUUCAUGUGUCUGCUGAUUUGGCCAGACAAAUUAGUGUGAUGCUGGAGAAUUUUCAGAAUCGCAUUACAGACCAGGAAAUGGACAGAAGAAAUAUUCCUCAAGAUCCACAGUAUUUGAGAAGUAAAGCAAGUCACGAAGAGAGGCUACAAAUUGUGACUGUUGCUAAGAAUGGGGUUAGAAAUCGCCGUAGUCGUCGUAUGCAGACCUGUCAAACCCCAAUACGUCCAAUAACCCCAAGCAGCCUUCUGGAUUCGAUCUGCUGGUCAAUAUCUGAGCCAACUUCAACUGCUUCAAUUUACACAGACACUUUAAGCAGCGACGAUGUUAGUGAACACCAUACAUCUGUAUUUUUUGAUGCAAAAGGGGACACCAGGGACUCAGAAGCUUCAUUCACAAACUUAACCCGGACGCUUACGGAGAGUGAGAAAACCGAGUUGAUAUUUAAGAACCACUUUCUGACUAUACUUUUUCCAGUUGACCGAUUUUCUGAAAUGGGGCCAUCUUCAAGAACGUUUUUCAGUGAAAACGGUUUUACAUGUUUGGAGGUGUUAGAUCAUAUAUAUGCAUUUUAUCAGGAGAAUAUGUCAGCUCAAGAAAUAGAAGCUGCUAUUCACACUGAUUCUAGACAUGCUGACCGGCUUCGAUUGGUGUACUCCAGCAAAGAAACGCUGGUGCAUGGUUAUGUGAUUUUUAAACGGAUUAAUUUCUUAGGGAGCCGUAAGAGUUUUGAGAUGCUGAAGCGUGUUAGCGGGGAUAACAACAGUAACAUAACUUUGGAUGCUACUUGCAUUUCUGCUUCAUGCACAAAUCAUGAUCCAACUUCAGUACAACUAGAAACACGUGCAGCUUUGUAUGAUUUAGCUGGAAGACUACAUCGCUCUCUUUUCGUAAAAGAGAUGGGUUUUGAUCCCGUGGCUUUACAAAGCUAG